AUGGCUACAAAUUUUUACCCACCAUGUCCAGACCCAAGCUUAACCUUGGGAUUGCCCAAACACAGUGAUGUGAACCUCAUAACUCUUCUUCUCCAAGAACAAGUUCGUGGGCUUCAAGUCUUGAAAGAUGAGCAAUGGCUUGCUGUUGAGCCUGUCCCCAAUGCAUUUGUGGUUAAUAUAGGUCACAUGUUACAGAUUAUCAGCAAUGGGAAACUGAGCAGUGCAGACCACAGAGUUGUGACAAACAACAAGGUUUCAAGGACCACAGUCACCAGCUUCAUCCAUCCUUCUAGCACCUGCCAUAUUGAGCCUGCAAAAGCCCUAGUUAUGGACUUCAAUCCACUCUACAAAGCUUUUAUAUACAAAGAUUUUGUUAGUACCUAUAUAACAGAUACUCAAGAGAGAGUAUCGCCACUUGAGCGAUAUAAGUUCCAAAUUUAA